AUGGCAUCCAAUCCGAACACCACCGGAGGCGUGCAACUGACGUUCCUCACAACGGGAACGGUACGCAUUAGACCCUCAAUGCGCUCGCAACCAUUGAGCAAAAUCCCGAUUCUUCGACGUCUCCGAGCAAUUUGCGACAGAACAUGGACUGAGCCAUUGCCAGUCGGGGUAUUCCUCAUUCGCCACCCCGAAGGUCUCUUCCUCAUGGACACCGGGCAAUCUCCAUGCUGCAACGACGCCGGAUAUCUCCCACGACUGGCUAUUUUGAACGGCUUCCUAAGCGAAUUCAUCAUCGAGCACCAAGACGGAGUCCUUGAGCAACUUCACAAGCUCGGAAUCAAGGCGACUGACCUCAAAGCCGUGAUUCUGACCCACCUGCACAACGACCACGCGGGCGGAUUAGAGGAUCUGGUUGCGGAGGCACCUGACCUACCUAUCUACAUCAGCCGUGAGCACUGGAAUGCUUUUGGGGAACAUCCUCUCUUUGCAAGCAUGGAGGGAGCCACACCCAAUCAUUGGCCAAAGGGGUUCUCGCCGAAGAUUGUGGACCUGCAGGACAGACCACUUGGACCCUGGAAGCAGUCUUAUCCUGUGACAGAGGAUGGUAGAAUUGCCAUCGUUGAUACGUCGGGUCAUGUUCCUGGGCAUAUUAGUCUGGUGAUUUACGGCGACGGGGAAGAUGGACAGAGUCAGGUUACAUACUUCCUCCCUGGAGACGCAACAUAUGGCUUGGACCUUUUGGACAAGGAGCAGCCCGAUGGGAUUAAUGACGACCCUAUGCGUGCUUACGAAACGCUGAAGACUAUCAAGCAGUUUGCUAAGGAGACUGAUGUGGUUGUCUUGCCUAGUCAUGACAUCAACACACCUCGCUUGCUUGCUGAGCGAGUAGUCUACCGGCCUCUUGAGAAAGAGUGA